CUUUUCUAUAUUUCUGUACUAAGGAGACGCGCGUGUAUUGUGGUCAUCAUUCCCUUAAUUAUAUGCAAUGCUUUCUAGUUGUACCUGAUCAUUUCUAGUUAAGGAAUACGAACAUAUUUUUCAUUCCUUUAAUUAGUUCUUUUUUUUUUUGAAACAUUUAAUUAGUUCUUUUAAAUUAACAUACAAAAAAGUUUUAACUCCUUGGUUCGAGUUGGCCAUGGCUUUAUAUAUAAAUAUAAUAUAUAUACAUACGUAGGAGGGGAAAUGCAAAACAUUCCGAGUACAUGGACAGAAAAUGACUCUCUUCCUCUCCCUCCAAAAUCCAAAUAUAAACAUUCUUUCUCCUAUAAACCCUCUCCUCCACAAUCCCAUCUCCUUAUUUUCUUAACUCCAACUUCCAAAAGAAACGAACCCAUAAAAGAAAAGCAAGCUCAAUUCCCAUUUCUCUAAUCUCCCAAGACAGCGAGCCAUGGCUUCUUCCUAUUUCAUUCCCUUACUCCUCUCCCUCUCCCUCCCUAUCCUCACCUUCUUUCCCUCCACAACACUAUCAAAGCUCACCCCAAACUACUACCAAAAAAGCUGCCCGAAAUUCCCCGACAUCGUACGGCAGAUUGUACAGGAAAAGCAAUCGGUGGUCCCAACCACAGCUGCCGCCACUCUCCGCCUCCUCUUCCAUGAUUGCCUCGUCGAAGGCUGCGACGCCUCCAUCCUCAUCGCCUCCAAUGCCUUCAACAAGGCUGAGCGAGAUGCUGAAAACAACCUCUCUCUCUCCGGCGAUGGUUUUGACGUCGUGACGCGUAUCAAGACCGCUCUUGAGCUUCAAUGUCCCGGCAUUGUGUCGUGCUCAGAUAUUCUAGCAACUGCUGCCCGGGACUUGAUCACCAUUGAAGGCGGGCCUUAUUAUCCCGUUAGGCUCGGCCGGAAAGACGGACUUGUGUCGAAAGCUGAAUUAGUAGAAGGGAAACUUCCAAGGCCGAAGAUGCCAUUGACGCAGCUCAUUGCCCUUUUCGCUUCCAAGAAAUUCACCGUGCAAGAGAUGGUGGCAUUGGUCGGCGCACACACAAUUGGGUUCGCGCAUUGCUCGGAAUUUAGCAAUAGAAUCUACAAUUUUAGUAAAAAAACUAAGGUUGAUCCGGCUUACAAUCCCAAAUACGCAGAAGGGUUGAGGAAACUUUGCUCAAAUUACACCAAGGACCCAUCGAUGUCGGCUUUCAACGAUGUGAUGACACCCAACAAGUUCGAUAACAUGUACUACAAGAACUUGCAGAGAGGGCUGGCGCUGUUGGCUUCGGACCAAGCUUUGGCUGUGGACAAGAGAACUAGGCCUCACGUGGACUUGUACGCUACCAACCAGACCAAGUUCUUUCAGGAUUUUGCUCAUGCUAUGGAGAAGCUUAGUGUUUAUAAGAUUAAGACGGGUAGGAAGGGAGAGGUGAGACGUAGAUGUGAUGCCUUUAAUAAUUUGAAAACUGCUUAAUCUCAAUUCAAAACACAAGAGGACCCCUCGCAUUUCGUUUUUAUUUAUCUUGUUAUAACAUUUUUUCUUCUUUACAAAUUAAAUUACAUAAGAAACAUGGAGGAAUAUUUUACCAUGUUUUUAACUGUAACCGCUUCAGAAAAUAGGAGGUUUGCAUUUUUAUGUGGUAAGUACUGUUAUCACCCACCUAGUUUAGCAAAAAAAAAGUACUGUUAUAACCUUUUUCAA